AGAGAGAUGUGUAGAUCAUUACGGGAUCAACACAAUGGAGGAGCAGUUUCAGUUAGUAGCCAGGCGUGCAACUGGAACGACGACACUCUGAAAACAUGAUUUUCACGCUGUUUUCCUGAAUUUUCGAACCGCUGCAUUUUUCGCAACUCUCUCAUCAUGGACACACACAAUAGCGCUGGCAACGGCGGCCGUCUGAAAAUGUAUUGAAGUUUGGAUAAUGGACAACGAUACAAAAGUGAUGUGCAUGAAUAACUCCAGCAGUUUGGACACCUACGUCCAGUGUUACAGAGGAGCUCAGCAACAACCCCUCGAAAUGGCAAUCCCGUUGACUGUCGUAAAUGUGCUAAUCUUUGUGUCGGGUUUUUUUGGGAACGUCGCCGUUUGCAUCGUAAUCAUCAAACAUCGCUCCCUGCACACUGCAACCAACUACUACCUGUUUAAUUUAGCGAUCAGCGAUCUAACUCUUUUGAUAUUCGGGCUGCCAAACGAUGUGAUGCUUUAUUGGCACCAAUAUCCAUGGCCGUUCGGGGUCGAGUUUUGCAAACUGAGAGCCCUCCUCUCCGAAAUGGCUUCUUACGUGUCAGUCCUCACAAUCGUCGCGUUCUCCACCGAGCGCUAUUUGGCGAUUUGCUACCCCUUGUAUCUGCACACGAUGUCGGGCCUGCAAAGGGCCGUAAGGAUCAUAGCUUGUCUCUGGCUGUGCGCGUUUGUCAGCGCUUUGCCCUUCUGCAUCUACACGCGCGUCCACUAUUUGUUUUACCCUCCGAACUCCACAAAUAUUUUGCCGGACAGUGCGUUUUGCGGAAUGCUGUACCAGCCGGAAGGAAUCCCCUUGACUGAAUUAAGCACUUUGAUAUUUUUCAUCAUCCCGAUGCUUGCAAUCGCAGUCCAGUACACGAAAAUGGGCCUGGAAAUCGCCAAAACGACCCGAAAGACGCUGGGCCAUGGGCUGAGGGGGUCGGUGCAUAGGGACAGCAGGAGGACUCAAUCAAAUCGCAGCGUAAUCAAGAUGUUAAGUGCUGUGGUAAUUGCGUUUUUCCUUUGUUGGGCCCCGUUUCACGCACAGAGGCUUCUGGUGAUCUAUGGGCCCGACUACUCCGAGGCCAAUACUUACAUGUUUUUCAUCACUGGAAUUCUCUAUUAUUUCUCGUCUACUUUAAAUCCGAUCUUGUAUAAUGUCAUGUCAGAUCGAAUGCGCAGUGCUUUCAAAGAAGUGCUGUGUGGCGUUAAGCCCAAAAGAAAUAAAAGACAUUCCAUGCUUGGAGAUGUCUACUCGCGUUCUUACAAUAUAAGAAUACAGAAAUCGCCAAGUCGCAUGGAAACUAUCAUUGACGAAAUCGAUGAAGACAAGAUCAAUCUGGUGAAUAAAGAGAUUGUGUCCGUCUCGAUACCUGAAACUGGGAACACGCUCAUUUACGAAAUUCAUUACAAAACCAAAGAGGAAGGCAACUGUAACAACGAAACGCCAAUAUAAAAACGGUUUUCGAAUAUUUUUUUAAAAGACUGAUUUAGCGAGAUGUAUUUAUGUACCCUUAGCAUUUUUUACAAACACUUCACAAUCUCAUCCCGUGUCGUAUAUUCUCUUGUAAUGUGUGCAUGUUCACUCUACUAUGAAAUUAAAUUUUCUGUGAUUAUGUGAUCAUAAUAAUACGUGUAAAAAUGA